CCGCUUAUCCCCUCGCAACGCUUCUCGCCCUUCCUUCUUCCCAUCCACCAUGAACGGCGUCCUCUGCCACAUAUCAGUCUUGAUCCAGCUCCCUGACGGCGUCUCUAUGUUUUGAGGAGCAUGUCUCUGAUAUACCAGGCCCAUCCCCAAUGUCCGUAUCAACGUCUAUUCCCGAUGCCCGUCUUGGCCUCACGUCGUCUGAGUGGCAGAUGGUUGUCCACCAGCAGCAGAUCGCAUUGCAAGGGAGCCAUAAUGGCAGCAUCGCAAGGGGAAGGGGGAUGGCGAGGAAUAGCAACGCCAGUUCGAGGGCUGCCAGCGCCGCCAGUACGCAGGGGAGACUGCUCCUGGAUCCAGACAGCCUGCAGGCCCUCUACUACCAGCUCGACCACCUCAUGAGGGACAUCCAGCGGAGGAUUGACUACUUGAACGAGCAAUCUGAGAUAUCGAUACAAAACACUUAUGACCAGGCCGGCAACGUCGUUGCAGACGCCGAUAAGGAGAUCGCACGAGUCAGACAGAUAAUCCUCUCCAUCGACGAGCUAGAGACGGAAUUCGACAAGAUCCGGCGCAUCAGAGAUAUAGUAAAGUCGUUUCGCUCACGGGUUGAAUCUCUCGAUAAUCGGCUCGACAGCGCUCAGCGAAGGAGACGCUGAUAGUUUACCAUCCGACCCUAUGACUACGACCAAAUUUUGAACGUCCAAUCUACACCAGCAAACAUACCACCACAUCCUCACAUCUCGGCCUACUUACUCCAAUUUUUUUUUUUUUUUUUUUUUUUUUUUUUUUCUUUUCACUCGCACUUUUUGCUUUAUUCUUUCUGAGCUUCUUGAUAUGUGACCUGACGAGAAAGACGCAGUUACGACUCCCCAGGGCGCGGUGCCUUAUACAAAUUGCGCCCUUUUUUUUAAUCCAUCUUCAAUCUUCUGUACGAUGACUACGACGGAACGGCUACUACCAAGUUUAUAUUCAUUUAUUUACCAUCCAUCCCCCUUUGGCUAUGUUUUGGCUCAUCGACUUUACUCUUUCACUUCCCGCGACCCGACUCGCAUCGAUAUCGAAUGCGCAUCCUCGUUCUCAUCAUGUUUCUCCGACUGCUGGAUGGUCAUCCGCACUCCGUUCUUCUUUUUUCCCUUCCAUUCCGACAUGCCAGACCUAGCGCUAAUUCUUCGCUUCACGUCGAUACGACUCUUCAUUUUCUUUCUUUCUUUUUCCUAUCAUCCGU